AUGCUGCACCGGCUGUGUUGUAAAAUGGGCGAGCCCAGCAAUGACGACGAGAAGCCGAGGAAGCGGAGAGGAAAGAAUCAGCCAAAAGAAGCGAAAUGGCGACAACAAAAUCUGGCCGCCUAUCGCCCUGUUUUUAAUGCCACUACGGUGUUCCCGUGGACCUGCCUACUCGGCAUCAUUUUUUUAGGGAUCGGCAUCCUGCUGUUUGUGACGAAUUUAAAUGCAAAAGAAAUCGUAAUCGACUAUACGAAUUGUCGAAACCCGAACGGGACGGAUGUGAAUGUGUUUGUGAAAUCGAAUGACAGCUCAACGGUGGAGUGGAUGGAACCGAGGGAAUACGAGAAGACUGAGUGCCAAUUCCGCAUCAAUAUUACGGAGGAUUUUAAUGGAAAAGUAAAAUUUUUCUACGGUCUCGAGGGCUUCUACCAGAAUACGAGAAUGUACGUCAAGUCCAGGAGUGAUAUGCAGCUUUCUGGCAGCGCCAAAUCACUGCAAGACACUGGUGACUGCGACCCGAAUGACUAUGACAACAGCACCGGUACACCGAUUGUCAUAGCGCCAUGUGGGAAAAUUGCCGAUUCCAUGUUUAAUGAUACCUUCCGACUGGUCUACUCGACCAGAAUCCCGGUCCCGAUGACAACAAGAGACAUGGUGCAUCCAGAGAUGAGGAGGAAGUACAAAAACCCUCCUAUGCCGAUCGGGAGCACGAAUCUUUGUGAUGCGUUUAAGAACACCACCAAACCUCUAAGCUGGCCGACCGAGGUCUGCAAGAUGUUCAACGAGUCCACGGAGGCCGGGCGGGGCUUCGAGAAUUUGGAUUUUCAGGUCUGGAUGGAGCCAUCAGCCUUGCCUCAUUUCCGGAAGAUCUAUCGUCUCCUGGACCGUGAGGCCGACAUCUUCUCGGAUGGCUUGCCAAAGGGAGAAUACACGCUUACGAUCCAAUACAAUUAUCCGGUGGAGCAGCUGAACAUCAACAAAACUUUCAUCAUUGCGAUUGAAACGUGGACAGGACCGAAGAAUUUAUUUUUGCCGAUUGCCUACAUCACUGUUGGCAUCAUACUCCUCGCGAUCAGCGCAGGACUGCAUCCGCCUCGACUUCUUCUAUCUCUUCUCCUCGAGUUCUUCUAUCCGAACCAAUAUGUGGAUCCAUUUUGCAUCCGUGAUAGAGGCCUUGUGCACCGUGUUCAAGCUAAGCUACCAAAGGACACCAUACUACCGCGACCUUCGGAGCAGCUACCAUUGCUAUGUAUUGGGGAAAGAAAAGAAUACAAGACGCAGCUCAUCCGAUUCUCGAUGUAUAGCGGGGGAGUCCCAAUCUGGAGGUGCUUGGAAUGGAUACCUAUUCGACAGGCUUCGAUAAUUGUUUGGCCAACGGUGAAGCGAAAAUCAAAUAGGGCCCUGGCGCAGUGGACAAGGAAAUGUUGGGACUCCCAAAAUGGGUUUGCUUGGAAGGAAUAUGAUUAUUCGGUAGCCCACGAUAUUGUUUGGCUAACCGAUAAAGCAGAAAGCCGAAGC